UCUCACGCUUCUCUCUGACUCAAGACAGUCAAGACGGAGAGCGCAGAUUUUCAGAAAGAGACAGUAGACAUUGCUCGAUUGCAGUGCACACACCAUUGACACCAUGUGUAGAUCGCCAAGACGUGCUCGUCGUGAAACAAGACACGAAUUCGCAUGAAUUCGCAAGACCACAAGUCCACACGGCUCUACCGGCUCGUCAAUCUCGCUAUAGGUGGCUCGCGUUAUCGCCCCACGUGAGCCCUGACUCCCGGAGUGGCAUUACAUGUCAAGCGCGCUCCCGGAUGCGUGCACCUGCUUACGUGUACGGAGCCGUGGCAUGUGCGCGGAGCUCGAUAAUCGCGAUCUGACGUCGCAGACGACGCACGGAGUGACCCGCGUUCCCGUUUCACGCGAGAUCCGACAGACAUGACCGUCAAACUGAAGCUGAAGGACGUGAAGGACAAGCUGAGGGAGGACACCCUCGAUCUCAGCUUGUGCGACUUGGAGGAAGUGCCUGUGCGAGAAAUCGCAUCUCUUAGAAAAGCCACAAAUGUCAAUUUAUCAACCAAUCUUCUGGUUUCGCUGCCGACCACUUUUGUCACUUUAAAACAAAUUGUAAAAUUGGAUCUCAGUAGAAAUAUGUUGGUCGAACUUCCUGAAAAUUUUGGCGAGAUGACACAAUUGAAACAUCUGGAUCUAUAUGCUAACAAGAUUAGCAGACUACCUCUGAGCCUGAGCGAGUUGAAAAAUCUAAGAUGGUUGGACCUGAAGGAGAACCCUUUGACCGAGGCUGUUGCCAGCGUCGCGGGACCGUGCAGCAAUAUGCGCGAGUGUCAGGCAUGCGCUCGUAAUAUCGUCACUUAUCUGUCCAACGUUAAGCUCGUCAUCGAGGAGGAGAGGCUGCGUAGAUUAAAUAAUGUCACAGGCGACGCGGACAAGGAGGUGGCGAGUACAAAGAAGGAGGGCAAGAGGAAAAAGAGGAAGAACGCGGAGAGGGAGAAGACGAACGGUAAUAAAAUCGAGUCCCCGACGCGGAGCGAGGACGGUUGCUUGCAGGACAAUAGCGACAGCGUAAGAUUAACGGGAUCGUCGUCCGACAGCGCGUCCGCGCGUAAAUCGUGCGGCUCGACAGGCACCAGGCUGUGCCGAUCUCUCACGUGCGUGAUCGUGUGGCUGUUCGUGAUCAGCUCGUUGCUCACCGUCGCGCUGAUGGUGCUCUCGUGGCGUUACGAGCGUCAGACGGACACGUUUCUGCAGAACGCGCAGACGUUAUCGGGGCUGCCGCUGAAGAAUUAUCAUCGCCAGACCACGGAUUAUUUGCAGCGUGUGAUGAAGAUCGCGACCGUGCAGAUCAGGUCGAUUAUCGACGCCGCCGAUGAUUUCUACAGAAUGCAAUUCGAGAGUGGCACGAGCAAGGCGGGGAAGGAGCUGUAAAGUAUCGCUUGCUCGUUUCCAUUUUAUUGUGGAAGAUCGUGAGAGUGCGUUUGAAGAAAAAUAACUGAAGCAACGCAUUUCGGAUUUUGUUGCACGAUAAAAGGUUAUUUUUAUCGAAUAAAGAGAUAUUCCUGAUA